CUCUACGCACGUAGCCCAAGCUUCAGCUGUAAACACCGUUAACAUUUCACAUUUAACGCAGCUGUCUUCUACAUAGAUAUUGUAGCCUUCUUUAUGUUUUGUUUUCUGAUAGCCGUUACAAAUGAACGGUGCUUGAAGCAGCAAAUCUGCGUGUAAUUAGGCUCGUGUACAAACAGGAAAAAAAAAAGCGCUGUUUAGGCGGCGCAGCUGGAGCAAUCUCGCAAUAACGAAACCGCGAUGGAAAUCGAUGGCACCACUACAGUUCACAAGGUGCACUUUCCGGAGUCCUUGGAUGCGUUCGGGCACGACUCCAGCAUACUGGUACAGCCACUUAACGAUGUUCACAUCAACGUUCACCUCGGCUUUAUUCAAGUGAACCAUAGGUAUGAAGUGCGCUUCCAGUUUGACAGCCCCCCACAUCUAGGUAGUCUUUCAGUAAGGACACAGGACCCCCCGAACCUCAACCUUAGGGUGCUGGAACUGAAGCCAGUGAUCUCUUCAGGGCCCAGGUAUGAAGUCGUUCUGGAAUUGCUUGCCUAUAAAGAGAAACUACUUCGAGAACAGCUUAUGCUACAGUCCUGCAACAACCCACUGCUCACACUGACACUCAUGCUCAAUGCCAGGGUCCUUGGGAAAGGAAAAGGCACACCAUUUCUCAAAACUGGAAUCCACUGCAUUGGCAUCGAAAUGGAGGAAGAGUCGGACCAGAGCGACUGGCAAGGCUUUGAUUAGCCCAGUGUUGGAAGCUUUCAGUGUGCAUGUCAUUGCAAGACUUUCGUUUGAGCUGCAAAGUGGCUGAUGUGACCCUGAGGCGUGCAAAGCCGUGUGUGAUGUGUCCAGCGAUGCAAUCUCCACUAGCCGUCAUGUGUGAGGGGAUCUCAUUGUCUCGCCUGAAGACAAUUGUUCUGCAUUUGCAGAUUAGCUGACGCAGCUGUGGCAGCAUAUUUUGCUGGGCCAAUGAUUGUGCACAUGAGAAAGGACUACCAUUAGUGUGAAAAAAAAAAAAAAUUUUCUGCGUUUGCAGACUAGCUGACUAAGCUGUGGUAACGUGUUUUGCUGGGCCAAUGAUUCUGCACAUGAGUAAUAGCUACUAUUCAACACGUCUGAAAAACAAGUUUGCUGCAUCUUUCAAUAUGAGAAAAAUCAGGGGAUCCAAGGGGCUCGAUUUUUUGUCAGUCUCAACGAUACCAAGCUGUUUUAAGCUGUUCAUAGAUAUGCAGUUCAAAGGUUGUGUCUGAUCUGACCGGAGAUUAACACAGCCAUCACCCCCGUUGCAAGGAGUGUGUACAGGGUUAUCUGUUAACUUGUUAACUCACGCCUGAACUGUGUACUUGUCUUAGCAGUUUCUACAAGUGAUGCCAAAGAUGAGCCCCCGUUUCAAGGUCGUAGUUCUUCUGAUUGCUGGAAAUGAAACAGCCUGGGGUCGUAUUCUGAAACGUUCCACUUUGGCGAUAGUUCGCCUUUCCCCCUUAAGGCGCAGCGCUGAUUGGCAGGUUGAGCAAAACCGGAAAAUGAAUCGCGCCAUUUUAGUUCCAGUGCACGUCAUUUUGAAGUCGCGGUGUCAUUGGGUGCUCCCAACAUACAUUGAAUAAACGAACAUGCCUGUGUCGCACUGCGGCCGAUACAUUCGAGAACAACACACCCGAGCCGCCUGCACUCGCACGGUGCGCUCUCUCGUGUGUUCCAAAGCAUUCAAGUGCGCGCGUUGGUAGUGCAUGCUGAUGUCACGGGUAAGCAGCUGGUUGAUUUACUGAACGUGACUAUGCACCUUGGUGAACUAUUGCCGAAGUGGAACGUUUCAGAAUACGGCCCCUGUUCAGCUGAUUUCAGUGCGUGCAAUUGUAUUGGCUGUGAGGUCGAGCUCUAUGUGGCAGCACCGUCACCUCGUUAGUGUGGAUAGACUGUCUAUAGCAUGCAUCGAAAUGUACACAGCAGCGCAUUGCUGUGAAUAGUUUGGGCCGUUUGCCUGUUAAUGAAAAGUGAUGACUGUAUUGAAAUGAUAUAUUGCCCUCCAGUGCAACAAUUUGGCAGAAAAUAUGCAUAGCUUUCUUAUUGAAUGGCAGUUUACGCUCCUUUAAAUGUAAUGGAAGACUAGCACCCAGCCACAUAGUAUGUUUUGGUAUUCCCUUGGUACUUUCUGCGUGUGUUCGGCUUAAGUUCUGCCUGCAAUGUUGGAAUUGCUGUGGCACAACUCGACUAAUGCAGCAUUUUCUGCUAAUCCUGCAUUGGUUAUAAAAGAAGUCUGUAGUUCUGUACAAUGAAGUUAAAGUAGCAAAUUGUGCACUAUACUUCACCGCUUGUAUGCAUAAAUAUCCUUUUUUUUUUUCAUUUUUAGUUUAGUGAAAUGCAAAUCAAUUCCUAAUUUCAAUUAAACAAGCUGCCAGCAUGCUGACACGUUAGCAUGAUUGCCAUGUUGCUUCACAUGCAGUUAUUUUUACUGCAGUGAUAGUAAAAGUAUAGCAUUUGAACACAGAGCAGUCUUUGCACGGUUACAUGCAGCACAGUGAUGCAAAAAAGUUCAAAUUAGUUUAUGGGCUCAAAUUAUGUGCCAUAAUUAUGGGCUGAAAUCAUGGCCGCUACCUCUGUCAAGGUAUCAAUGCCACACUAGAGAGCAAAUUAUAAUAACAGCUGGCAACUUGGUGUUACGUGAUGCGUCUAGCAACUGCCAUGUCACACACGAUCUUCAUGUAAUACUCUAUACAGUUAAACCUGCUUAUAACGAACCUCCACAUAACGAAUUCCUGAAUAUAACAAAGUUUUUCUAUUCCCCGCCGUUGCUCCAUAGAAGCACAAGUAUUUGAGACCUCUACGUAACGAAGUGGCAGCAGGGAGACCCCCUCGAAAUAACGAAUUUUCCUCGCCGAUAACCUAGAGAUUUCGCCCCAAAUAUUUUUCAUUUUUGCGCGAGCAGCAACCGGAAGCACCUUCUCCGCCGCGACUGAAUGCGAAGCGGCGGCGCGCUCGAAUUCACAGCGACUGCGAGGCGAGCGCGAGCGCACAUGUGCGUGCGAAUGUGCACGAGGCGGGCCUGCAUCCUUCGACCCGGUGAUCUUGCUGCAGCUGGCCUAACCCGCCAAGCUGCACUCUCCUUUUCCAGUUGAUGUUGCCGAAGGAAAAAAAAAAGUUUUUUUUUUUUUUUUUUUUUCAAAGCGCUGGCAGUGUCACUCUUUGGUUACUGCGCAAGUAUCUAGACGACGCUACGACGCCAUCGUGUCGCUUGCUUUUCGUUUCUGACACCUCGCGCUUGUGUGAAACGACACGCGUCCACGCAUCCAUUACCUGGUGUGACAUUCCAAGGAUGAGUGCUUCCAACGAAGAAUUUUGGUGCUUUUAGGAAUGAGUGCUUUAGGGAUGAGUGCUUCUAUGAAGAAAAGUAAAGGAUUUGUUCCCCUCUCUUUCGGUCACGGAAAACAGGCGCGCGUUACAAUCGAGGGCGCGUUAGAAUCUAGUAAAUACGGUAAGCGUUUCUUUUUCGAAUUUUCGUGCCGAACCUGCAUAUAACGAAAUCCUCUUUAUAAUGAAGUUUUUCGGGAAUUUGUCAAUUUCGUUAUUUCCAGGUUUAACUGUAUUUGAUUUCCUUUGUAGCAGAGAAAGUACUGAUGUGGCACAAUCCACUUGUGAUGUAAAAAGAUUCCUCCUCAGUGAGAUCAGAACCACAUAAAAGGACACUUCAGGCACAGAUAAGGCUCCUCACAUAACAACUAAGUGACAGGCAUGCAAUUAUACACCUAAGAUCAAGUGUGUCCUGCAGUGUGAUACGAGUCGUUAAGAUUCCUUUUAAAAAGCAAAUAGCUUUCGUUGGCUCUUUUGCCCAAUUUAAUGGUUGGCAGCUGGACUUUCUCUGCCCAAUGCAAAAGGCGCGUGCUCUCGUGCAACCAAGUUUGCAGAACACGUUCAUCGCCGAACGCCAACUACACUCAGUCUCACAGACUCUGCAGUGGAGUAGAAGCUACAGGGUGUGCCAUGGCAGCCGGAGGUGCACAAUAAUAUGUAGUUCCAUCAUUGGACAGUGCCUAUGGCACAUAUUUGCUUUAGCAUAACUAAACUGACCAGAGAUGUGUGGGUGUUUUGCUAGAUCCUAAAGAAGUGCUUUGAAACUUACUAUAUGAAUGCAAAUGAUGGGCGAAUAUCAACUUUUUCAAAUACGAACAGCAAAUAUCGUAUAUUGAAUUGUCAAACCCAGACACACAUGUUUACAGCAGUAAUAUUUAUUUCGGUAUGAUCAGGUGCCACACUUGUACUUACUAGUGAGAAAAAAAAAAAAGA